AUGGCUUCUGCACGUGAGCAGAGCCCCUCCGUGGCCGCGCAGUCACCUCCCUCCGACAACGACGGCGGCGAGCGUCCAGUCCGCCAGCAGCUCCAAAACACCAACAUUGAUGCGGUCAACGGCUCCGCCCACAUCAACCGCAAGCGCUCACUCGAAGACGCUGAUGCGGCGGCCGACGAACACCCUACGAAGCGAUCGCGCGAAGGAACCCCCGAGUCCACCUCACAGCUGACUUCCGGUGAGAAGUCUGCUGCCCCCGGCGUUCAGUCGACCAACAAUCGCGAUUCUGUGAGUGACUACCAUUCAGAUUCUGAGUUUUCUUCCGACCUGCCUGAGACCCCCGUGGAAUUUGGUGCCCAAUCCCCUGUGCUGCAACAUUCCUCUGGAGAAGAGAGCUUCAACCCGCCCGGACAACAGUUCUGUGCGCCUAUCUCCACGAAGGUUACUCUGCCCUUGGAUUUCGACCUCACCUUGACCUGCUGUGGGACCAAGACGACCCAGCAUUUCUCGGUUCCCCUCGAGGUCCAAGUGGACAUUCCCCAAGGAUCCCUGAUUUCUGCUGUCGCCUUGCCUACGACUUUGCCCGCAGGUCCCAAGAGCCACAUUUCGAUUUCCUCGGAUUCAACUCCUUCCCCUGAAGCCCCAAGCUCCCCUCCCGCUCGCACCUACUGGUACCGAGGAUACCGGGUUCGGGACCCAUACCCUGAGCGAGAUCCUGACGUCGAGCGGGACCCAUACCCUGUGCGGGAUCCUGACGUCGAACGGCCUGUUUUGCUCUCGCCUUUCCGCCCUCGUCGCGACCCUGACGUCGAACGGCCUGCUUUGCUCCCCUCUUUAUGCCCUCGCCGCGACCCUGCCCCUGGUUGCCUCACUCUUCCUACCCUUUACCCGCAUGCUCGUUCUUACCCCCGUGCUUCUGAUUACUUUGACCCCGAUUACCCUUUGCCCAGCAUCGAGGAAAAGGGCUAUGCAAAUGCCCGUCUUGACCUUCUUCAACCUCAUGAUUCUGACCGUGGAUCCCAGCUGACUGACGACUCGGAAUCCCAGAACGACGAGCCCUCGGAGACUACCGAAGGUGAAGACCCCGAAGAAGAGAGCCCCAAGGAAAGCCCCAAGGAAGAACUUCCCAAAGAGGAACUUCCUAAGGAGGAACUUCCCAAGGAACAGAAGAGCAAUGACCAGGCUUUCACUGCAAGUGCUUUCGGAAAAGCCUCUGCUGGCUCUCCUUUUGCCUUGAACACCGCAAACCCAUCUGCCUCACCUUUCGCUUUGAACAGCUCAGCGUCAUCGUCCUCUUUCGCGGCAAAGCCAGCUGCACCCGUCCCGUCGUCUUUCGCAAACUCUGCUUUCGGCAGCGCCUCUACCGCCUCACCCUUCACCAUGAGCGGCUCUUCAAGCUUCGGCUUUGGAGGUCUCGGAUCUGGAACCUCAUUGAGCAGCCAAUCUCCCUUUGGUAACCAGCUUGGAGGAGCUCCUGGAAAGAUGACAAGUUUCGCGUCUCCCAACCUCCCUUCAUCAUUCGGCGAUUCCAAGAACAAGGUAUUCGGCGCCCCCAAGGCAGACAAGGACGAAUCCGAUAAUGAGUCCGAGGGUGAACAAAAUGACACCUUCGUGGCCGAAAAGACCGACGAGCGUUUCCACGAGAAGACCGGUAUGACCCCAAUGGAUCCCCCUGGCUUGGCCGCUUCGAAGAUUUACUCAUCAUCCAAAGUCGAAACCGGCGAGGAAAACGAGACUACCAAGUUCUCUGCCAAAGGAAAGUUGUACUACUUCGACAAGGCCUGGAAAGAACGUGGUUCCGGCACCUUCAAGAUCAACACCAAGAUUGAGUCAGACGGAGCUCUUUCUGGUCGCAUGAUCAUGCGUGCGGAUGGUGCUCUGCGUGUCACCCUGAACAGUGCCAUGUUCCACGAUAUGAAUUAUGGUGAGAAGGAUGGAAGCCGACCUACCACCAAGGACAUCUUCCUUGCCAGCAACGAGGAUGGUAAGGUUGGCGCUUUGUUGCUUCGGCUCGGAAACCAGGAUCAGGCUUCUGAGCUUUACGAUGUGAUUGAGGAGGUCUUGGCGGAGCUGCCCAAGACGGCGAAAUAG